AGAAUACGUUGCACGAGUAAUGCGGGUGAGCGAUUUCUCUUCCUUUUGUACAUUCGCUACAUUCGUGUUUUGGUGCGGUGCACGGUUUGCACCUUGUAUCAUUGUUUAUAAAUAGAUCGCACCUUCAUCGGGGCUGAUUGCACAGUUGAAAUAUUUAACAUAAGCACUACCUAUCAGAUUAAUAACCGCAUGCCAACGAGUGAACAACGCAAAUAGUGAACAGUGCGAUACAAUGACCUCAUCCUCGCACUGAAGAUGCACCCAGUGCGCGAACCGCGAAGUAAAUUAUUACCUGUGCUAUAGUUAUGUGAAUGUCCCUACAGCAAGUAUUAAAGUGCGGAUCAAAUAAUGGAAUCAGAUGAUGGCGAGCUGGAUCCCCGCAUACAAAUCGAACUGGAAAACCUAAAUCGAGCCACCGACGAAAUCAAUAAACUGGAAAUUGAAUUAGAUGAAGCGAAUACGACAUUUCGUAUGCUACUUAAUGAAUCUACUAGAAGACUCAAGUUGCUCUCUAAGAAGCUUGGUGCUUGCAUUGAGAAAGCAAGACCCUAUUAUGACAGUCUUGAGGUAGCAAAAAAGGCACAGUUUGAGUGCCAGAAAGCAGCAGUUGCCUUUCAGAGAUCCAAUGAAUUUCAUGCAGCUGCCAAGGAGACAGUAGCACUGGCUGAACAACAGUUCAUGAACAAUCAACAUGAGUGGCAAUUUGAUAAUGCCUGGCAGGAGAUGCUUAAUCAUGCCACAAUGAAGGUAAUGGAUGCAGAAAAUCAAAAAGCAGAAAAUGGAAGGGAACAUCAAAAGCGUGCUACUUUGUUUCACGCAGCGGAACAAAAAGUACAGCAACUAGAAGAUCGCUUAAGAAGACAUAUAAUUAAAUCACGGCAUUAUUUCGAUGAGAAAACGCUCUGUCAGGAACAACUCACCACACAAAAGAGCCGAAUUGAAACUUUAAAAACUGAAAUAGCCGCUGCUAAAACCUCAUAUGCGCAAUCCCUUAAAACUCUCGAGCAAAUCUCCAACGAAAUUCACAUGAAACGAAAAGGAUUCGCGGAAAGUGAUUAUCCUCGGGGUCCACGCGAACCUGGAGUUGGUGCCGAGCUAGAAGAACCAUCAUCAAGCCAUCGCCAGGCUAGCCUACCUGAUUUCCAACUAGAAUUAGACCGUUGCGAGGUACGCAGCAUGGGUUCCUAUAGUGGUACAACCAGUUCAGCGGUAAGCGAAAAAGAUGAAACCGAAACAUUCGACGAUCAAGAUCACUACGACCAUGAAUACAUGGACGAGUUGAAGUUAAAGGUAAAAGAGUUGGCAAUUCGUCCGAUAGACGGCGGUGAAGGUCGUAGUACUGAUAAUGUUUGGGAGAGUGAAUUGAAGAACACCGUUGAUAAGUUGGAUCAUAUGAUGAUGCUGAAAGAGUGCGAACAAGAUCUGAAUAAGUUGAAGAAGCAAACGCCUAGUGCGACUGCGUCUACAGCCAGUAACAAUACAGGAAAAAGUUUUUAGGAUAUGUGACAGGUUUUAACACCUGUGAUGGUUUAUGUUCAAAGUUUAUUUUGUAUAAGUUUAUAUUUUCGCUCGUGCUUUUAAAGCGCAGGUACAAUUCCAGUGCAUUUGAUGCACAUACCAUUGCAGAUCUUUUAUUCCAUUUAUUUUUUUAUAUUCAUUUAAAGUUUGCAAUUUAUGUACAAGUUUACACGUUUUGUUUACAUUUAUUUAUGCUGCUGUGCAGAUUGAUGAAGCUUUAUGUAUAUUUAUGUGGUUUAUAUAGAUAUAUACACGCAUCAAAUGAGUAACAAUAAAUAUUCGAUCGUUAACAAGUUAAA